AGCAAUAGAUGGACGGGCUGGGCUCGCCGCUGAGUUCUGAGCACGCGCAGAAUAGAGUCUGCCCCUCAGAGUUACGGCUCUGGCAUCGAUUGACUGGGCUGCUGCGCCCGCGCAGGCGCUGUGGGUUUGGUGCCAUCUUUGUUGUGGGUGACGGAGGCAAGCGAGCGUCCUGCCGCCCGGAGUUGGAUGGUGCCAUCGUCCCCUCUAGCGAUUGCUCCUGCCUGCUGCCAAGGCCGGACGGUGCAGGCGGGAUGGCGGAGCGCGGCGGCCCCUCGCCCGCGGGGGGCUCCGGCCGGACCUGGUGCCUCAGGCGAGUGGGGAUGAGCGGCCAGUGGCUCCUGCUGGAGAGCGGCAGCGAGGUAACUAUAGGCCGAGGAUUUGGACUCACCUACCAGCUGGUCUCAAAAACUUGCCCACUGAUGAUCUCUCGUUACCACUGUGUUUUCAAGCAGAAUGCACAAGGCCAGUGGACAGUUACAGACAACAAGAGUCUAAAUGGUGUUUGGUUGAAUAAGGAACGUCUUGAUCCAUUAAAGGCCUAUCCAAUAGGUGAAAGAGACCAUAUUCAACUAGGAGUGCCUUUGGAUAACAAAGAGACUGCUGAAUAUGAAUAUGAAGUGAUUAAGGAAGAAUGGGUGAAAGUUAGUCCAUUUUUAGCCCCGAGGAAUGACCAACUGAUGGGGAAACCUAAGGGUGCAAGAACUAAACGUAAACUUAGUUUGGAGGAAUCAGAGGCAUCUGGAGCAGAAGGCCCUUCGAAUUCCAGAUCUAAAAGGGACAGAGUGUCCUGCGAUAGUGAACCUUUGGGUAGAUCAUGUGAGAGGGCAGAACUGGCCAAACAGCCAACAGAAAACAUGGAUGUCAAGCUACCUUCUCCUGGACCAAGCGUGGAGGAGGAUAAAGCUACAGUGUAUUGUAAUCCUAUGAAUUCUGAGAAAGCUACAUCUCUUAGCCAUAAGGACCAGAAAGCCUCUAGUCUGGCACAGUCUUGGACUGGUUUGGAAAUGCUGAGGCAAACCCUGGGAAAUAUAAUGAAGCUGAAAGUCAAGGUGGAGGAGAAGCAGACAGCUGUUUUGAGAGUGAAGAAGAGCAGGAAGUCUGGCCAAAAAGAGAUCAGAGUGAUGGAGCAGGAGCUGCGGGAAUUGCAGGACCAGUUGUGCACUGAACAGGAACAUCAGCAGCAGAGGGUGGAACAGCUGGAGAGGACAUUCUAUGAGGAGCAACAGCAGUUUCUGGAGGGAGCGAAGAAGCAGCAAGGGGAAGAGAAUUUGAAGGAGCAACUGGCCCAGGUUCUGCAGGAGCAUCGUGCCCUGAUGGAUGAGCUGAGCCGUAGCAAGAAGGAUUUUGAAGAGAUCAUUCAAGCUAAGAAUAAAGAGUUGGAAGAGACUAAGGAGGAGAAGGAGAAGGCAAGAGCGCAAAAGGAGGAGGUUUUGAGUCAGAUGAAUGAUGUACUGGAGAAUGAACUGCAGUGCACAAUCUGCUCUGAACACUUUAUUGAGGCUGUCACUCUGAACUGUGCACACAGCUUCUGCUCCUACUGCAUCAAUGAAUGGAUGAAACGUAAAGUGGAGUGUCCCAUCUGCAGGCGGGAGAUACAAUCCAAGACGCGCUCCCUGGUUCUGGACAACUGCAUUGACAGGAUGGUAGAAAACUUGAACUUGGAGAUGAAGGAGCACCGCCUGGCUCUCAUCCGAGAGCGCAAAGUAAAAAUGAAGAGACGAGCAGAGCCCGAAUUUAACAGCAACCAGAAGCAGAAAAAGAGGGCAGAAGAUCUGGGACUGAACCUCAGUUCCACUUCUGAUGAUGAGCCUCCAUGUAGUAAUCAUGCAACUCAAGAAUCUUCCAGUAGCGGCAGUGGGUCUGACAGUGAGAGCGAUGAGAGGCGACCAGUCUUCGGCUCUGGCAGCAAUGAGUUCAAAGCAGACUCUCUUGUGGAGGGCACCUCCUCCCGCUACUCCAUGUAUAACAGCGUUUCCCAAAAGCUCAUGGCCAAGAUGGGCUUCCGGGAAGGAGAAGGUCUGGGGAAAUACAACCAGGGAAGGAAGGAUAUCGUUGAGGCCUCCAAUCAGAAGGGAAGAAGAGGCUUGGGACUGACCCUGAAAGGGUUUGAUGGGGAUCUGAACAUUGACUGGCGGGACGAGCCAGAGCCCAGUGCCUAUGAACAGGUGGACUGGUUCCCAGAAUGCACCACUGAAAUCCCCGAUGCACAGGAGAUGAAGGAGUGGAUGACCGUGGGGAAGAGGAAGCUGGUAAUUGAAGAUGAAAUGGAAUUCUGCCGAGAAGAGUUUCUGCAUAGUGUCCUGCAGUGCAAGAGCGUGUUUGAUGAGCUGGACGGAGAGGAGAUGCGCCGAGCCCGGACAAGGUCCAACCCCUACGAGAUGAUCCGGGGAGUCUUCUUCCUGAACAGAGCCGCGAUGAAGAUGGCAAACAUAGACUAUGUCUUCGACCACAUGUUCACAAACCCGAAGGACUCUCAUGGGAAGCCCCUAAUCAAGGAGCGGGACGCAGAGCUGCUUUACUUUGCUGAUGUGUGUGCUGGCCCUGGUGGCUUCUCAGAGUACGUUCUCUGGAGGAAGAAGUGGCACGCGAAAGGGUUCGGCAUGACCUUGAAAGGACCAAAUGACUUUAAACUGGAGGAUUUCUAUUCUGCCUCCAGCGAGCUCUUUGAGCCUUAUUACGGAGAGGGUGGGAUUGAUGGAGAUGGAGAUAUCACCCGCCCAGAGAACAUCACUGCUUUCCGGAAUUUUGUUUUGGACAACACUGAUCGCAAGGGGGUGCAUUUCUUAAUGGCGGAUGGGGGUUUCUCUGUGGAGGGUCAAGAGAACCUGCAGGAAAUUCUAAGCAAACAGCUGAUGCUUUGCCAGUUCCUUACAGGACUCUCUAUUGUCCGGACAGGAGGACAUUUUGUCUGCAAAACCUUCGACCUGUUCACGCCAUUCAGCGUGGGACUUAUAUAUUUGCUGUACUGCUGCUUCGAGCGAGUGAGUCUCUUUAAACCUGUGACGAGCCGUCCUGCGAACUCAGAGAGGUACGUGGUGUGUAGAGGGCUAAAGUCAGGCAUUGACGACGUGCGGGAAUAUCUCUUCAUGGUGAACAUCAAACUCAACCAGCUGCGCAACUCUGACCUGGAUGUAAAUCUUGUCGUCCCCCUAGAAGUGAUCAAGGGCGACCAUGAGUUCUAUGACUACAUGGUCCGAUCGAAUGAAAGCCACUGUAAAGUUCAGAUCAAAGCAUUAGCCAAAAUCCACGCCUUUGUUCAAGACACGACCCUGAGUGAGCCGCGGCAGGCUGACAUCCGAAAGGAAUGCCUCCGGCUGUGGGGGAUUCCAGAUCAGGCCCGAGUUGCUCCAUCCUCCUCUGAUCCCAGGUCCAAGUUCUUUGAGCUCAUCCAGGGAACAGACAUCGAUAUCUUUAGUUUUAAACCAACACCACUCAACUCAAAAACCCUGGAGAAGAUCCGCCACGUCUUAGAUUACAGAUGUAUGGUGUCUGGAAGUGAACAGAAGUUCCUGCUAGGGUUAGGGAAGUCCCAGAUCUACACGUGGGAUGGUCGCCAGUCAGAUCGCUGGAUGAAACUGGACUUGAAAACCGAGCUGCCACGGGCUACCCUUCUCUCUGUGGAGAUUGUUCAUGAGCUGAAAGGAGAGGGGAAAGCCCAGCGAAAAAUCAAGGCUAUCCAUAUCCUGGAUGUCUUGGUGCUGAAUGGCAAUGACGUCCGAGAGCAGCACUUUAACCAGCGGAUUCAGCUAGCGGAGAAGUUUGUCAAAGCCGUUUCUAAACCUAGCCGGCCGGAUAUGAACCCCAUCCGGGUGAAGGAAGUGUACAGACUGGAGGAGAUGGAGAAGAUUUUUGUAAGGUUAGAGAUGAAGAUCAUCAAGAGCUCAGGUGGAAUACCACGGCUGUCCUACACGGGCCGGGACGACCGGCACUUUGUGCCCACUGGACUCUACAUCGUCAGGACUGUGAAUGAUCCUUGGACGAUGGCGUUCAGCAAAAACUCCAAGAGGAAAUUUUUCUUUAACAAGACGACCCAGGAGUCGACGUACGACCUUCCUCAAGAAUCCAUCGCACCAUUUCACAUCUGCUACUUCAGCCGUCUCUUCUGGGAGUGGGGGGAAGGUGUCAAAGUGCACGACUCGCAGAAAAGGCAAGAUGCGGAGAAGCUGUCAAAGGAGGAAGUCCUGUCCUUCAUCCAGGCGCACUACCCCUGACCCCCCAGCUUGGAAUCUUCAGAGACUGACUGGAGUUGGGAGACUGAGACAGGAGAAGGGAGUCUUCCAGCCAGGAGCUGCAGGCCUUCUGUGGAGGAGAACAGAUUCCUGGGGGGUGGGGGGUGGGGUUUGGUGCUCAGAAGAAGCGCGACAAAGCUCCAGCCUGUGAGUAGCAGUGUCUAUAAGUAUCUGGCCCAGGCAGCACCGGCUGUAGGUACGUCGGAGGUGGGAUGCCUGGAGCUGAGGUCCGAUGCUCUUCUGUACUAUUCCACUGCACUCCUGCGGAUGAGGGUCUGGCGGCUUUCCCCACUAGUGCUCCAAACUACAGCCAAGUGUCUGUCUCUGGGUUCCCCUCCUGCGUGUGCCGGAGCGAUCAGGAGGCUGCGUAUGGUUCCCUGGCAGCACCAGGAGGAAAAGAGGGUGGUCACAGGACUGCAAGGAGGAAUGAGCUGGGGGAGAGUGCAUUUAAAUGGCCUUGCAAUGCUCCCAGCAGCCACCUCUGUCUCCUUUGGCUCGAGCCGAUGGGCCUUUGCUGAACGCUGGGUGACUCAUCGGGAAAUGCAGGCUCUUGGCAUCCGAGGAUGGUCACUUUUUGCUAGUGGCUCCAGCACUUCUGCUCCAGAGGCACUUGGCAGGUUGUCGGGAGUUCCUGGGUGCAAGCAUCUCGGUGGAAGGAAGCCAGUCCUCGUGGCAGGAGGUCGCUAACUCCAAGCCAGCAGCCUAGGUGUGAGCUCAUGAAUCUGCCCUAGGACAAUGCUGAGAUGUUUUGCUUUUUUCAGUGCUCAAAACCAUCCUCAGUUUCCCUCUAACAUUGCCCUUCCCUGUGUGUUCAGGGAUGAAAGCGAAAGAGGGAAGGCUGCAGGCCUUCAGGUGUAGGAGUUUAUCAGAGGAGAUUGUGGAAGUCUUAUGGGAAGGAGACCUUGACUCUGACCAUGCUGGUUAGUCAAAAGAAAUCCAAUCCCAUGACCAGGCCCGUUGUAGGGGAAACCCACCUUUCCUGGUUAACUUGCAAAACAGGCUUUAAACCCCCCCUGUGUCUGGUCCAUACCUGGAGCCAUGUCUGUAGCAAACAAACCCGGGACUCUCUAGCAUGGCAAGCAGGACAUUUGUGUUUCAGCAGAUCGCAGUCCGAAAUCAUGACUCAUUUCAGUGCUGGGCCCUCCAUGCGUCAUGUACACAAAGCCACCCCAAAGAGCAGGGCUGCCCUCAUUGCCUGUUUUAACUUCAUGCUGGGCUUCAGAAAUGCCUCUGGCCUGGUCUCCCACAUGGAUCAGAAGUUAAUAGGCAGUUGGCUCGUCCGGUCCGUGCAGCAAAGUCACUUAUUUUUUCUUACACAGGUUGGCAAUAAGGGAAAAGCUGACGGGGGGGUUACCUGGACCGUGCCUUAAAGAAAGCUGUGGGUCUCCUGGAAACCAGAGGCAGCCUUUCAGAUUCUCAUCCCCCCUCCAUCCUCCCCAUGCCAAUGCAGGCUGUGAGUGGGUCUGUAUCACAUGGAGAGUUCAGCUCUGGCAGAAGUAUAAGUUCGUGGGUGAGAUUCAUCUCGCAACCAGGGGCAGCGCAAGGACUGGGCUUCACUUCAGUCACACUUAAGAUCUGUGAUCCUCAUAGGGCUCAAGUGACGCACAGGGUGACUUUCACCCUGAGCUCAUAGGCCUUGCUUUCCGAGCUCGCAGCCUUCCAUGCCUGCAUGGUCAUUUGGUGGCCAGGCAUCUGUUUGUUAAUCCUCCAAUUGCUUGGUGUGAAUGAGUUUAACCAUUGGUGGUUUCUGUGCUCUGCCUUGUAACCUGGAUCCGCACGUUCAGGCUUGAUGGCUGCAGAACGGGGAUUGUCACAGCUCGUCCAGCCUUGGGCUAAUGCUGCUCGUGGGCCAUCAUUGCACGGGAGACUAAGCUCUCAGCUUUGGAGGGUGGUGGGAGCCCAUGUUGUACUUGGGUAUCCCCUACUGGGCCCAGAAGAGCCCUUCUGCUCUGGUGUAUUUAGAAUACUGCCUCCUGCAAGCUCAGGGUGAGUGGCCUUUCCAGAAAGGUGGCUGAGGACAAGUCAGACCUUUCCCUGUGCCCUGUAGCAGCCAAGGGGAAGGUUUGCUAAUCCCUCCAGGAGCAGGAUGUGGCUCUGACUCAAAUCCCUUAGCAGAAUUUAGUCCCAGGUGCUCCAAAGCCUUGGCAGAACGUGGCCCCUGGCCUAAGCGCAGCCCUUCUGGAGAGGGCAGCAGCCCCCUGGGCAGUUAAUUAUUGGCUACUUUAUAUUUAUUGAAGGCCCCUCCAUGAGGAGCAGUGAGGAGGCUCUGCAGGUGGGGAAGAUGGUGCCUCCGGCAGCUUCACUUCAGAGCCUUCACACUGGUGGCUUUUAAAACCAUUUAUUUAAGUGUCGGUGCUUCUGCUGAUUUCCCCAACCCCCCCGAUGCAGCCAUGAUGCCAGCAAGAAGCCAACAGGCCUGUUCCUUUUCCUAUGGCCCUUUACUGUGUCUUCUGCACCCUCAAGGGUGUGUCCCCCACUAAGGGCCUUAGCCCCUCCCUGUUUGUGGGGAUGGAGAUGUCCCGCAGGGAAUACACCAUGGAUAAUCUAGGCCUCUAUUAGCCUUUACCUGGUACUGAAAACCCAGGGUGCAGAAGAAACUCAGUUGCUUGCAGGCGGUUUGAGAGCUGCUGCCUGCUUUCCCCAUUGGCCCCGUUUCCUUUGCUUUUAGUCGAUUGUGUCUUUUACAAGAUGUAUUUUUUGGAUGCACUGAACCACACCUCCCACCCUCUUGUGGGAGGGCAGCACCAGCACCUCACUACUGCUUCCCUGCUGCAGGGAAAAGGUUUUAUCCCUCUUCCCUCUCUGGCUCAAGACUCUCCUAGCCCCAUUGCUCCUCCGGGCUUGGGAACCUGUGGCUUGCUUUGAAAUGCCCUAAAGGAACUGAUCGGAGUUGACAGGCCAAGAACCCAGAGGACAAAGCCCUGUACGUACCCUGCUUUGUGUGCGUCAGAGCUGCUCAGCCCGAGGGGGGGCAGGGGGCGGAAGGGGGUUCAGUCUGAUCAUGUGGGGCAGGGAAUGGCUUCGUAUCAGAGGGAUGGUAGAAACUUGGGCUAGGGGCUGACCCAAGUUGCGCUCUCCCGCUGGCUCCAGGGGGAGGAAGAGGAAUGUCUUGCUGAAGGGAAUGUUUAUGUCUGUUGAUUGCACAAUGUAUUGUAUUAGGCUGUGUAUCAUUUUGUGUUGAUUUCUCUGCUUUCAUUGUCUGUGUAUUACCAGUACAGCUCUUUAGUUCACAAAAGCGUU